AUGCCAGAAAAUAUUCCCCCUUCCUCUUAUCGGCUCGAAUUCAAAUCAUUCCACGACUGGAACGGCGGCCAUCCAUCACAGACCUUGAUAUUCCACACCAAGGACUCUUCGUGGUGGAUUAAAGUCGUGGUGGAUUGGUCUCUGCCGGAGUCAAUACUGGUUCUGGGCUACUUCAAACGCCGGUCCAUAUUGCAAAGAUUCAUUGAAGCGAUUGAUUUCGAGCAAUUACAUCUUUUGGGGGAUACUGUGACAAACAUUACUUUAAGUAUGACUGAGCAGAGCCAGAACUCGAUCACAAUCCGCGAUGGGUAUCAAACCUCUGUGAACUUUUACAUUGCCGUUGCCCAUCAAAUGCGCUGCAAGACCGCGGAGGAUCCAAAGAGAGCUAGUUGUCUGCGGAUUGUUGAGGUUAUCGCUCCAACUGUCUCCACUGUCUUAUUCAAGCAACAAAAGUUUGCUUAUAAAAUGAUCGAUCGCCCUAUUUAUGAGCCCGAAGACACAGAACAUAUCUUGAAUGAGAUCGAUGCCCUUAUCCAACUCCGCGGAGAGCCGAACAUCGCGCAGCUAGUUGUGAUCACUGGAUUCCUUCUUGAAUACUAUUCUGGCGGGUCGCUCGAGGAAAUAAUUGAAGGGUCUGAGGUCCAACAUGGUUUCUUGUUGGUACAGUGGGCCCUACAAAUCGGAAGAGCAUUAGAAUCUUUGCAUAAGCGGGGCCGAAGUCAUCUUGACGUUAAGCCCUCGAACAUCGUUUUCGAUGCCAGGAAAAAUGCCAUCCUCAUCGACGUCAGUGGAACCGGCGGUUAUGUGUGGGAAUGGCUCUCACCGGAGAUGCAGAUGUUCAAAGAACAAAACAUUGAAAUACCCCUGCCCAACACUUCAUUCGAGGCACGGGUUGCUUCAGACAGUUGGGCUUAUGGAAGAUUACUCUCCAAAAUUGCCGAGAGAAGUGACACUGAUGGUGCAAGUGGAAAGCUGCAAGUAGUCGCUGAUGAUCUGACGAAGGCGGCCCCCGAGGCUCGCAUUUCGUUAGGCGACGCUCUUGCAAAGCUACAAGAAAAGGACGAUGAAUAG